UGCACGAUGUGAAUACUCGUUGUGGCCGUGAAUUUCUGCGUAAUUUCUGCGUCGACACCGCAAUGAUAUCGUCCACAUCGCGUGCUGCCGCACGUUUACGUGCGACGCUUUGUGCUUCGAGACUCCAGCCCGUCUACACGACGGAACCUUCGAAGGCGUUCUACAGCAACGGCAGUGGUGGCCCCGUAGCGGCACAAACCGGGAAGGUCCCGACAACGGUUCGUGCGGCGCAGGAGAAAUGGACACAGCGUUUCCAAUCGGAAAACAUUCCCGAACCGGAAACGUCGAUCACGAACAUUAUAGCGCACGUGCUGCAGCUCUCGGGGCCGGCCGAAGUGGAUCAUCACCACGGUUCUCCGCUCGACGAAGGACAAAUUUCGAAGAUUGAGGAACUUUGCCAGUGUCGACUGGCUCGUAUGCCCCUUCAGUACAUUAUCCGCGAGUGGGAUUUCCGUGAUUUGACGCUGAAAAUGGUCCCACCUGUGUUUAUACCGCGCCCGGAAACGGAGGAACUUGUCGAACUGAUCCUGCAGCAGAUGGACACGCAGAGGGAAACGUUUUUUCUCGAGAUCGGCUGCGGAACCGGCGCCAUAACCCUUUCACUUUUGAAGCACGCCCCAAAGUCUUCGGCGAUCGCGAUCGACCAGAACCGGUUGGCUUGUGAGCUGACGCAGGAAAAUGCGGCCUCGCUUGGGCUUCUGGAACGGUUGCGUAUAUUCAAGCACAAGUUGAUUAACGAUCUUCCGGUGGAGCUGACAGAUGAAAAGUUUGGCAUGAUUGUCAGCAACCCACCGUACAUUCCGUCGGUGCUGAUUCCGACACUCGAGCCUGAGGUGAAAGUUUACGAAGAUUUACGCGCCCUCGAUGGUGGCAGCGAUGGACUCACUGUGAUAAAGGCGAUCCUAAGGUUAGCGGCAAAGCAUCUGGUCAAAGACGGCAUACUGUGGCUAGAAGUGGACUGUUCCCAUCCGCCGGUAAUCGAAGAGUUUCUCGCCAAACAUGGCCAGCAGAUGGAGCUGCGCUUCGUUGCGUCGUACAAGGAUCUUUUCCAAAAAGAUCGAUUCGUUGAGAUAGUCAAAUGUUAGGAAGUAGGGCCCUGGCAACAACCUACACACGAUCACGUGUGGUUAUUACCACUAGCAGAAACGUAUGCUGGGCUGUGACAGUACAGCACCUUUCCGGGCACGGAUCCUAUGUCGUAGUUGUAGUUCCACGUUAGCUCCGAACCGGCCUUUAUGGAUUUGUCGGCGAAAAACGCUACCCACGGAAACCGUACGUCAUGCGUGUCGACGAAUACAUUCUGCACGAAGAGGUUCGGUGAACAGGAAUGCUACGGUAAAGGGAAUGCCAAAGUUGAGACCGGCGAUGACCAGCGAAUUGAUGCCGUAUUAAGCUUACAUUGAAGUACCGUCCCAGAUUACCCGAUUUCUUCGCAUCCAUGAUGUAAAUUGCUUCAUUUGCACCGAAAUAGCUGCGAAGUGGUUUCUUUUCGUCUCCAUUUUGGCCCAGGCGAUCCCCCCGGGACAUCUCGGUUCGUGGCAUGAAGUUCAUUGGUUCGCGCACUGCAACAAAAAAAAAACAAUAACGGUAGGAAAACGCUCUAAGUCCCUAAACGCCUUAAGGAAUGCAAUAAUACAUCCGUAGCUGUAAUAGAAACAUUGUUAAAGCCAAUCUGCGAGAGGGCACGUUUCGUUUUAUGAAAAAAAUAUAGAAAUUCCAGUGGAAAACUC